AUAUAACUCGAAUUGGAACAGGUGGCUUUAGCGAAAUAUAUACUGCAACAUGGACAAAAGGAGAAAUAACAGGUUGGAGUAGAACAAAAAAUGAAUAUAAUAGGGAAGAGAAUCAAACGAUUGUGUUAAAAGUUCUUAAAGACUAUCAAAACAUUAAUUUAGCAUUCUUAAAAGAGGCAUAUGAUGCUCAUCUUAUGCUUGAUAUAUGUAAUGAAAAUUUUCCGUUACGACCAAAUAUCACAGAAGAUACUCCACAAUGUUGGGCAAUUUUGAUGCAAAAAUGUUGGCACCCGGAUCCUUUAGAGAGGCCAGCCAUUGAUAAAAUAUCUGGUGAAAAAAGUUUAUCAUCCUCAUUCUUAAAACUCAGCGAAUUAUUAAAUCCUACUAUAGACUCAGCGCUUUUAGAUUUAUUUCAAGGUUCUAGAUCUUUUACCUUGCGCUCUAUAAUUUCUUUUCAAAAUAUUAAAAGUGAUUCAUUUAAUAUUAUUCCUAAGCAUUUUAAAAAUGCCAACGGUUUAAAUUCAACUAUAAACUUAUCAACUUCAAAAAGACGCAUUACCGAACUUUUACUAAAUAAGAAUGAUUAUA